AUGUCCACAACUACCAUCAUCUUCGGCGCAACCGGCCAAGUCGGCUCCGCCGCAGCCCUCGCCGCCGAAAAGCACGGCGCCAAAGUUGUCCUCGCCAUGCGCGACACCACCAAGGCCCUGCCGCUUGACUUCAGCCGAGUUCAAGCUGAUUUAACCAAACCCGAUACCGUGUCCGCCGCCGUCUCCUCUACCGGCGCUAAACGCGCCUUCAUCUACCUGGUCGAGGGCGCAAACGCAGAAGAAGCGAAGGGCCUCCGCCCGACCAUCGAAGCCAUGAAAUCCGCCGGCGUCGAACUCGUCGUCUUCCUGAGCUCCCUCGCCGUCAAGGGUGACAUCUACGGCAUCGGUCCCGAGCCCAGCGUCCUCGCUUGGGAACACGCGCAGGUCGAGAUCUCCCUGCGCGAGGUCUUCGGCCCAAGGGGCUACGUUUCCCUACGGCCGGGGUACUUCAGUAGCAACUUGCUGCGGUGGGCGGACGACAUCAAGCAGGGCGAGUUCAAAGUUCCGUAUCCGAACGUGACCUGGGACUUCAUCGCGCCGCAGGAUAUCGGCCGGGUGGCGGGCUUGGUGCUCGCGAAGGGCAUCGAUGCCGUGGAUGGACAGAAUGCGGUUUAUCUCUGCGGGCCCAACAUGAUAUCGCAGGAAGACGCCAUCAAGACGGUGGAGGAAGUGACCGGCAAGUAUAUCAAGGUGAUCAAGAUCGGAGACGCCGAGUACUUGGAGCUGUCUGACAGGCAAGUGCCGAGAUCGGUUGGGGAGGUGCUUCUGAAGUCGAUGGCGGACAGGGCACAAGGAAGAGCGGAUGAUAUAUUCUCGCCGGCAGUCUAUCAAGAAGGCGUUGCGAAUCUCGAGAAGUACGGAGGGGCGAUGACGACUCUGAAGGACUGGGUGAGGCAAAACAAAACGGCUUUCCUUGCCGAGUGA